UCCUGAAAUGGGAAGCGGGGGUAACUCUGCACUCUAGACUGCAUGGAGACAUCAGUGGACAAGAUGGCAGAUCGAGUCUCUUACACCCACAGUAACCCACUGUUUGACCUGUCACUCAGCAGAAGUGAGCUCCACAGCUUCCAGCCGGAGGAUAUGAAGCCAGCGAAGCCCAGAAGACAGUGGUGCUUUAAUUUGGUUGUUGUUUACCUCGUAUUUCAGACUGUCCUCAAUAUCUUUCUCCUUUACAAAGUCUUCAGGUUGGAUGCUUCACUGUCUAACCCCAGUACGGAGAGGCUGACAUCCAAUCACAUUCCUCUGGGUGGAGAACAUGGUGAAGACAACCUCCAAACUCUGAUCCACAACAACAGUCGAGAAACCAGGACCCUGAGAGGAUACCUGACGGCCCUGCAGAGUCAGGUCAACAGUCUGUGUGGAGAGGACGGCCAGCUGGACAGGCUGAGGGCCGACUUGAGUCUGCUCAACACCAGCAACCACGUCCUGCAGGGCAAACUGACAACCAUCAGCCUCGCACCAGGACGUCCAGGCACAGAUGGACAUAUGGGGCUACCAGGAGAGAGGGGCAUCAAAGGUGACAGUGGUGUUCAAGGACCAAAAGGUGACAUGGGACUCAGUGGACAACGUGGAGAGCCAGGUCCCCCAGGACCCCCUGGACCGCCUGGACCCUAUGGUCCGCCUGGAAUCCCAGGAAAUCAAGGACCAAAUGCAAAGGGAGAGAAAGGAGACCCUGGGGCCCCAGGCCCUCGAGGAGACAAAGGUGACACAGGGAACUCUGGCCAUGCAGGAGUUCCUGGAAUCAAAGGAGACAAAGGAGACCAGGGAGAUGUUGGUGCAGCGGGACCUGCAGGUGAGAAAGGAGAUACUGGUUCCAGUGGAAGUGAUGGUUCACACGGAGCACCAGGUCCCAAAGGACAAAAGGGAGAAGAAGGAAACCCGACAGCAAUGCAUGUGCGUCUUGUGCCGGGGCCUUCCCGAGGGCGAGUGGAGGUCAUGCACAGCGGCCUCUGGGGCACUGUGUGUGACGACAGCUUUGACACUACGGAUGCCAAGGUGAUCUGUAGGAUGCUGGGCUACAAUUCCGCUCCCUCCACCUUCACUGCCUCCCCAGGCUCUGGUGAGAUCUGGCUGGAUGACCUUCGAUGCACAGGAUCAGAGUCUGACAUCUUCAACUGCCCAAACUCUGGAAUUGGUCGACACAACUGCAAACACACCGAGGAUGCCGGGGUGCAGUGUGUGAGCUGAAGACAAACAAGACAAAUGGCGUCUCAGCUGCUUUUCUCAGUCAGCUUUGAUAAACAUGCAGUGGAGACACAUCACGUGUCGAGAACAAUGAUACUGCUAAUGAUGUUCACAGCUGGAUCUCUUACAACUGCAUAGAAAAUUGCAUUCGCUAAGUUUCACUUUAUUAUUAAACACAUUAGCUUAAAUGACAGCAUCUGUAAACUAAAGAUCAUGUUAAUAAACUUUCCUGGAAAUAG